CUUUCAGCUGCUGCUGUUCGCAGGCUGCGCGAGGGCUAGAAAAGGCGAGUCGCUGCGGCAGGAAGAAAGGAAGGAAGGAAGGAAAGAAGAACGAGCGCAGCGGCAACAGCAGCUUUGUGAAGCCUUGCGCUCUUGGGGAGUUUUCGUGCUCUUUCGUGCCUUGAGGGGCGCGCGUGAUGGAGCCUUGGAAGCAGUGUGCUCACUGGCUCAUCCAGUGCCGGGUGUUGCCGGUCAAUCACCGAGUGACUUGGGACACGGCGCAGGUGUUCGACCUGGCCCAGACCCUUCGCGAUGGAGUCUUGCUUUGCCAGCUGCUCAACAACUUGCGCCCUCACGCCCUCAAUCUCAAGGAGAUCAACCUGAGACCGCAGAUGUCCCAGUUUCUCUGUUUGAAGAAUAUAAGAACAUUCCUUUCUGCCUGUUGUGAAAUAUUUGGAAUGAAGAAGAGUGAACUUUUUGAAGCAUUUGACUUGUUUGAUGUUCGUGAUUUUGGAAAGGUUAUAGAAACUUUAUCCAAACUUUCUCGCACCCCUAUUGCAUUAGGCACCGGAAUAAGGCCGUUUCCUACAGAAGAGAGUGUGAAUGAUGAAGACAUAUACAAAGGCCUUCCAGAUUUAAUAGAUGAAACAAGAGUGGAUGAAGAUGAAGACCUUUAUGAUUGUGUUUAUGGGGAAGAUGAAGGUGGCGAAGUGUAUGAAGACCUGAUGAAAGUUGAAGCAGCACAUCAGCUUAAAAGUCCUGAGAAUGACAUAAGAACCUGCUGUCUUUCUGAAAUAAAACAGACGGAGGAGAAAUACACUGAAACACUGGAAUCUAUUGAAAAGUUUUUUAUGGUGCCACUGAAAAGAUUUCUGACUCCAUCAGAAUUUGAAACAGUAUUCAUCAACAUUCCUGAUUUGGUGAAAAUCCACAGAACUUUAACACAGGAUGUUCAUGAAUCCAUUGUAAGCAAAAGUGACCAGAACUUGUAUAAAAUUUUUAUUAGCUACAAGGAAAGAUUGGUGAUUUAUGGGCAGUAUUGCAGUCAUGUAGAGACAGCCAUUUCCUGUUUAGAUAAUAUCUCCAAGACAAAGGAAGAUGUUAAGCUGAAAUUGGAGGAAUGUUCCAAAAGAGCUAAUAAUGGGAAAUUUACUCUGCGGGAUCUCCUUGUAGUCCCAAUGCAACGAGUUCUGAAAUACCAUCUAUUACUUCAGGAGCUGGUAAAACACACUAAUGACAUAACUGAGAAGGCAAAUCUGAAGUUGGCCCUUGACGCAAUGAAGGACUUGGCACAAUAUGUAAAUGAAGUGAAGCGAGAUAAUGAAACCCUCCAUGAAAUUAAACAAUUUCAGUCAUCAAUAGAAAAUUUGAACCAAUCACUUUUACUCUAUGGAAGACCACAGGGUGAUGGUGAAAUAAAGAUAACGACCCUGGACAAACGAGCAAGGCAGGAUAGGCAUAUCUUUUUAUUUGACUUGGCUAUAAUAGUGUGCAAACGAAGAGGUGAUAAUUAUGAAAUGAAGGAUAUAAUUGAUCUUCAGGAAUACAAAAUAAGUAAUAACCCUACCACUGACAAAGAGAAUAAAAAGUGGUCUUACGGCUUCUACCUCAUCCACAUACAAGGACAAAAUGGCUUAGAACUGUACUGCAAGACCAAAGAUUUGAAGAAGAAAUGGCUUGAGCAGUUUGAGAUGGCUCUGUCCAACAUAAGGCCACACUAUGCAGAAACAAGUACUCAUGACUUUAAAAUGUAUACCUUCUCUCGGGUAACAUCCUGCAAAGUUUGUCAGAUGCUUCUGAGGGGAACAUUUUAUCAAGGCUAUUUAUGUUCGAAGUGUGGGGCUGGAGUCCACAAAGAAUGUUUGGGAAGACUAGACAAUUGCAGCAGAGUUAAUUUGGUUGAACAUGGAACCCUGAAACAUGAGAAGCAACUGAAUGGACUUCGAAAGAGCUCCAGACAUAUGGACUCAGGUUUACCAAAAAUGCAAGUGAUUAGAAACUAUACUGGGAUUCCUCAGCCAGCUCCACCUGAUGGUCCUCCAUUAUUCAUCCACAUUGGGGACAUAAUUGAACUCAUCAAAGGAGAUGCACACAGCUUAUUUUGGCAGGGUAGAAAUUUAAUGACCCAGGAGCUUGGUUUCUUUCCAAGUGAUGCAGUAAAACCUUGCCCAUGUGUUCCUAAGCCAGUAGACUAUUCUUCCCAACUAUGGUAUGCAGGAACAAUGGAAAGAUUACAAGCAGAAGCAGAACUUAUUAACCGGGUAAACAGCACUUACUUAGUGCGAUAUAGGACUAAAGAAUCAGGAGAAUAUGCCAUUAGCAUUAAGUACAAUAAUGAAGUGAAGCACAUCAGGAUUUUCACAAGAGAAAGCUUUUUUCACAUUGCAGAAAAUAGGAAGUUUCGAAGUUUAAUGGAACUUGUGGAAUAUUACAAACACCACUCUCUUAAAGAAGGCUUCAGAAGUCUGGAUACAACUCUUCAGUACCCGUACAAGGAAUGUGAAAAUACGCUCGAUCAAAGGAGCCACAGAGCAAGUAGCAACUUGCUGAGUCCCAAAGUCCUCGGGAUAGCCAUUGCCCGCUAUGAUUUCUGUGCAAGAGACAUGCGUGAAUUAUCCCUGCUCAAAGGAGAUGUGGUCAAAAUUUACACAAAAAUUAGUGCCAAUGGCUGGUGGAGAGGUGAAGUCAAUGGAAGGGUGGGCUGGUUUCCAUCUACCUAUGUAGAAGAGGAUGAAUGACUUGCAGAUCCAGUUGGUACUUUCAAUCAUAAAUUCCAGGGACUAUGAAAGAGCCAUUGACGCAUCUGCAAAGCAUUAUUCAUCUUGCUAAGUAUUUGAAAUGUAGCUCUUCUGUCUGUUGAAACCUUCCAGAACGAACACUGGAAAUCCUGAAGACGUUUGUGCUGACAGCUGUAAUAUCUCACUCAGAGCUGUGCAAAGAAGCUGCUUCACCGCCUCCCACCACUGGGGACCAGUACAAAACUCUAACCUCACCUUCCUGAAAAAUCAUUUCAAAACAGACUUCUUUUAAAAAUGCUUCAUUUCAUUCCAUCCACAGCAAAUACUAAAUAUGUCUAGCAGUUUAAUUAGCUUUACCUUUCUGUUAAUUGAUAUCUCUGAUGACAGUUGUCAGUUAUGACUGCUUCCGGAGGGAAAUGUUUGAGCAUUCCAGUAGUCACGUGGUCAAUAUUAUUCCUCUUGUAGUAUCUUACACCACUAAUUGAUUUUACCAAUAGCUGCACACUUCACCAAUUCUGCAAUCUCUAAAUACACGUUUUUGGGGACUAAGCAUACAUUCAGCAUGAUUUGCAUGCCAUUUAGUGAAUGGUGGCGGGGAGAAAGAAUACCAGCAAAUUUCGUGUUUAAAUCCAGGGUUGUUUUAACUGGCUUAUCUGAGUCUUUUAUUAAAAUAUUUUAUGGAACCAAAUUUUUAAAAAGGGAUUGUGGCUUAUACAACUAUAUUUGAAAAAGGAAUUAAUAGAUAAAACUCCCUAACAUUGAAUAUUACAUAGAAAACUGUUGGUUUUAACACACAAGCCCAUCCAGUAUGCUAAAUUCUAUAUAUUUAAGAGAGUUUCUAUGAUUUUAUAGAGAGAGCUUUGGGAACAGUUUGAUUGUGUUCCUUGAUCAUUAUUAAAAAUUCCACUAAUGCUCAA